AUGGAGGGCGAGGGCCGGGGCCGGUGGGCGCUGGGGCUGCUGCGCACCUUCGACGCGGGCGAGUUCGCAGGCUGGGAGAAGGUGGGCUCAGGCGGCUUCGGGCAGGUGUACAAGGUGCGCCACGUGCACUGGAAGACGUGGCUUGCGAUCAAGUGCUCGCCCAGCCUGCACGUCGACGACAGGGAGCGCAUGGAACUUCUGGAGGAAGCGAAGAAGAUGGAGAUGGCCAAAUUCCGCUAUAUCCUGCCUGUGUAUGGCAUAUGCCAGGAACCUGUUGGUUUGGUCAUGGAGUACAUGGAGACGGGCUCCCUGGAGAAACUGCUAGCCUCCGAGCCGCUGCCUUGGGACCUGCGCUUCCGUAUCGUGCAUGAGACAGCCGUGGGCAUGAACUUCCUGCAUUGCAUGUCUCCACCACUGCUGCAUCUAGACCUAAAGCCAGCGAACAUCCUACUGGAUGCCCACUACCAUGUCAAGAUUUCCGACUUUGGGCUGGCCAAGUGCAAUGGUAUGUCCCACUCCCAUGACCUCAGCAUGGAUGGCCUCUUUGGCACAAUCGCCUACCUCCCUCCAGAGCGCAUCCGUGAGAAGAGUCGGUUGUUUGACACCAAACAUGAUGUAUACAGUUUUGCCAUUGUGAUCUGGGGCGUGCUCACACAGAAGAAGCCCUUUGCAGAUGAGAAGAACAUUCUGCACAUCAUGGUGAAAGUGGUGAAGGGCCACCGCCCAGAGCUCCCACCCAUCUGCAGACCUCGGCCACGCGCCUGUGCCAACCUGAUAGGGCUCAUGCAGAGGUGCUGGCAUGCAGACCCACAGGUGCGGCCCACCUUCCAAGAAAUUACCUCUGAAACUGAAGUUUUUUGUGAAAAACCUGAUGAAGAGGUGAAAGACCUGGCUCAUGAGCCAGGUGAGAAAACUUCUCCAGAACCCAAGAGUGAGGCCAGGCCCGAGUCCUCGCGCCUCAAGCGUGCCUCUGCUCCCCCCUUCGAUAAUGACUGCAGUCUUUCUGAGUUGCUGUCGCAGUUGGACUCUGGGAUCUCCCAGACUCUUGAAGGCCCUGAGGAGCUCAGCCGGAGUUCCUCUGAGUGCAAGCUGCCAUCCUCCAGCAGUGGCAAGAGGCUCUCUGGGGUGUCCUCGGUGGACUCAGCCUUCUCCUCCAGAGGAUCCCUGUCACUGUCAUUUGAGCGGGAACCUUCAACAGGCGAUCUGGGCCCCACAGAUAUCCAGAAGAAGAAGCUAGUGGAUGCCAUCAUGUCAGGGGACACCAGCAAGUUGAUGAAGAUUCUGCAGCCCCAGGAUGUGGACCUGGUUCUGGAUAGCAGUGCCAGCCUGCUGCACCUGGCUGUGGAGGCAGGACAGGAGGAGUGUGUCAAGUGGCUGCUGCUUAACAAUGCCAACCCCAACCUGACCAACAGGAAGGGCUCCACACCACUGCAUAUGGCUGUGGAGCGGAGGGUACGGGGAAUCGUGGAGCUCCUGCUGGCCCGGAAGAUCAGCGUCAAUGCCAAGGAUGAAGACCAGUGGACUGCCCUGCACUUUGCGGCCCAGAAUGGGGAUGAGGCCAGCAUGAGACUACUACUGGAGAAGAAUGCUUCUGUCAAUGAGGUGGACUUUGAGGGCCGAACACCCAUGCAUGUGGCCUGCCAGCACGGACAGGAGAACAUUGUACGCACCCUGCUACGCCGUGGCGUGGACGUGGGCCUGCAGGGGAAGGAUGCCUGGCUGCCUCUGCACUAUGCUGCCUGGCAGGGCCACCUGCCCAUUGUCAAGCUGCUAGCCAAGCAGCCUGGGGUGAGUGUGAAUGCCCAGACACUGGACGGGAGGACACCCCUGCACCUGGCUGCUCAGAGGGGUCACUACCGUGUGGCCCGCAUCCUUAUUGACAUGUGCUCUGACAUCAACAUCUGCAGUCUGCAGGCACAGACACCUCUGCAUGUUGCUGCGGAGACUGGACACACGAGUACUGCUCGGCUGCUCUUGCAUCGUGGUGCUGACAAGGAGGCUUUGACCUCAGAGGGCUGUACUGCCUUGCACCUGGCAGCCCGGAAUGGACACCUGGCCACUGUCAAGCUGCUGGUAGAGGAGAAGGCUGACGUGCUGGCUCGGGGGCCCAUGAAUCAGACAGCACUGCACCUGGCUGCAGCCCAUGGGCACUCGGAGGUGGUGGAAGAGCUUGUUAGUGCUGAUCUCAUUGACCUGUCUGAUGAGCAGGGCCUCAGUGCACUGCACCUGGCUGCCCAGGGCAGGCAUUCACAGACUGUGGAGACGCUGCUCAAACAUGGAGCCCACAUCAACUUGCAAAGCCUCAAGUUCCAAGGAGGCCAGAGCCCCACGGCCACACUGCUCCGACGCAGCAAGACCUAGCUUGCCUCUUGCAGAACCAGGGCUCCCUGUAGGCUUCUGGUCCAUCCUUGUGUUCCUCGUGGGAACAGAAUGGUUCUGGAACACUCUGUGCACCCUGUUGGUGGCCUGCCUAUACACUGACCAAGCAGAGGCUAAUG